AUGGAAGGAUGGUAUAGAAGAUUUAUGAAUUUAAGUCAAGCACUUUUUACGACAUCAAACUUCGGUGCUUAUAUAGCCGGAGCUGGCAAACCGAAUAGUCCUUGCACAGGCGGAGUGAUCUCCCAA